CGAGUGUGAGUAUUGCCAAAGCAGUGUUUUGGUUGGAGUCCACCCAAUGCGGGGCUCUGCCGCGCGAUGCAGCUUCUGUGGAGCUUUCGUACGAUGCUGUCGCAAUUAUUGCGACCGUCCUUUGGGUCACGACUUCCUUAAAGUCCUUGUCUCGCCAUUCCUUCCCCUGCCCAGAUACUUCCCACACUUUUGCGAAUCACCAUAAAACAUGACUGUCAGAAUGGCUUCCGCCAGUAUUACCGCCGAAGACCUCCCCAAUAUUCUCGCCAAUGACAUCAAAGUCAAGGUCGCUGGCAUUGACUGCGAUGGCAUUCUGCGGGGCAAGGUCAUGUCCAAGGAGAAGUUCCUGGGCAUUGCGCAGAAGGGAUUCGGCUUCAGCUCUGCGGUGUUCGGGUGGGACAUGCAAGAUGUACUCUACACGACAGAUGCGAAAAUCGCGCCUGCUGACUCGGGCUACGUCGACUUCAUCGCGAUCCCAGAUCUGAACUCCUUCAGGCGCAUACCGUGGGAGGACAACAUCCCUUUCUUCCUCGUGCGCUUCGCUCAGAAUGAGAAGCCUGUAUGUGCCGACGGCCGGAGCAUGCUCAAGUCGAUAUGCGACAAGCUUGCAGCGGAAAACUGUCAGGGAAUGGCUGGAGUUGAGCUAGAAUUUAUGAACUUUCAGACUCCCUCUGAAGACGGAUACGGCGGGAACGGGUCGCAAACUCGCGACAUCGCUGCCUUCCUCGACAAGAAUGCUCCCGGGGCGCUGCGCCCUCUAACGCAGGGUAGCUUCUCCUACAGUGCAACCAGACCCGUUGCUUACAAGAAGUACUUUUACGAUAUCUUCGACACCAGUGCACAAUUCAAUUGUGGUAUUGAGGGCUGGCACACGGAAGGUGGGCCAGGUGUCUAUGAAGCAGCGCUGAAAGUGUCGCCUGUAAGCGAAAUGGCAGACAAAGUGUCUCUAUUCAAACUACUCGCCAAAUCAGUCGGUCUCGAACACGGCAUCACUCCGUGCUUCAUGGCCAAGCCAAUGCAAGGUCAACCCGGUAGCUCCGGCCACAUUCAUAUCUCUCUAUGUGAUCUGGAGGGAAACAAUCUCUUCGCGCGCGAGACACUCGACCAGAACGCCCCCUGGGCCGAUGCAGCUGGACUGUCGGACCUGGGACGUCAAUUCCUGGCAGGGCUGUUGGAAGCACUUCCCGAUAUCAUGCCUCUGUUCGCGCCAACAAUCAAUUCAUACAAGCGGCUGGUGGAGAACUUCUGGGCUCCUGUGAACAUCAGCUGGGGCUUGGAGGACCGGAUGGCGUCGAUUCGCAUCAUCACACCGCCCGUGUGCAAGCCCGGAGCGACCCGAUUUGAGGUGCGCAUCCCGGGCGCAGACUUGCAUCCGCACUAUGCGCUCGCGGUGAUCCUGGCUGCCGGCUGGAGGGGCGUACAGAAGAAGCUGGAGAUCCGGGUUCCCCCUGUAACGGCGAUGAAGGCGGAAAACCAGCGGCCCGAGCUGCUUCCCAACACGCUGGAGGAGGCGCUGCGACGGUUCAAUGCACCAAACAGCAUCGCGCGGGAGAUCUUGGAGCCAGAGUUUGUGGACUUUUUUACUGCCACGAGAGAGCAUGAAUUGCGUGUAUGGAGGGAGGCAGUCACGGACUGGGAGUUCAAGCGGUACAUCGAGACGGUCUGAUUUGUGCACAAAAAGACACUGUAGAUUAUGAGAGAACAUGAGAGAUGAACCACAACACCAAU